AUGAAGGUCGCGUGGCCACGCCUUCUGAAGGGACCUAUGAUGCAGCGCUUGACGCUCGCCGGCGUCUGCGCCUACAUGCUUGCGGCCAUGACGGUCUUCUUCGUCCACCGCCAGUACACGGCGACCACCUAUCACAGCCAUGCAUCGAGCCACACACCACUGCGGCACGCCGACUGCAGCUACCAGACAACUGCCUUUGCCGAGCGGUAUGAAGCUAUCUAUGCAAGCGCACCGUCGCCGCCAACGUCGCUGCAAGCCCUGCGACGCCACUCGGAUGCGCAGACGCAGCGAUCGUGGGCCGACUGUCUGCCCAUGCGCACGGUUGUCUGCGGUGUCAACGCCGGCUCGCAAGACUCGCUCUUCACCCAAUCACCGCCGUGCCGGUCCGCGGUCUUGCACCACUUGGUCGUCGCGACUGCCGCCGCCAUCGAAGAGCGAGGUCAUGCCGCCAUGCCGAUUGGCUCGGGUCUCCAACACGUCUGGGAACACGGCGCGCUGCCACCCAACGCUAAGGCCAUCGACAUGCUCACGGACGCCUCGAUGGACCUCACAGCAUGGCUUUGGGCCCGGGGGUUGGCCCACUUUUUCGACAAGACGGCCGGCCGCGCGGUCACAUGCAUGGCACCCCACCACACGCUCGCGACUCUUCUCUACGCGGACGAGGCAGUGGAUGGGACGCCACCGCACCUGCGCUGGUCGACACUGCAGACCAUCAAGGACCAGUUGCACAUUGCGCCUCAGAAAGAGCAUGUAUACCGGCGCGCCCAGCUGACUCCGCUAGCGUGCUUGCCACUCUACGACGCGUCGAUCACGGCGCCAUCGCACUCCCCAACGUUCUUUACAGCCGCCCAAGGCAUGCGGCAGCACGACGACCACGACGUCAAGGGGCCGCGGCCACACUGCGAAGCGCUCUGUGAAGACGACACGCUCUACAGCCUUCGCGACGUUAAAGCCAACGUGCCUCACUGCCCGCUGCGGGAUGACGCCGAGUACAACGCGCGCUUGGCCACGUACUUAAGCCAUCCAUUGCCGCUCCAGCUCAACGACGACCACUUGCCGUACCUCACGCCGUUCAGCAACACGACCAAGCUCCGCGAAGGCAAGCCGUGGGAGUACUGCAUCCCGAUGAAGCCGCAACAGUGCGGUGCACGACGCGGUCUCAAGCCGACGCUCUUCGAAACGCCGCAAGGCAAGCCAUGCCGGUCGGCUGUGCUCCAGCUGCUGCUCGAAAACAUGCUCGAAGUCGUCGAAGAGCUGAAUCUCCCGUCGUUUGUCUACUUUGGCACCCUACUCGGGGCAUGGCGUGACGAGGCCAUCAUCCCGCACACCCCCGACAUUGACAUUGUCCUGCCGUCGAGCACGGACUGGCCAAGAGUGCAAGACGCCAUGUGGGCCCGGGGCUUUUACGUGUUUGAACGUGAUAUCCACGGCGCGUGCGUCGCAUCGCACCACCCGCUCGCGUCGCUACUAUAUGCGCCAAACCACACGCUCGUGACGACAAACCAGUCGGUGCAUGGGACGCCGUACUUGGACUUGUACAUGUGGCGGCGCGUCAAGGACCGCAAGAUCCACGUCGAGACGGCCCAAGCCGAGCUGCCCGUGCCGCACAUGUUUCCGCUCACAUGCCACGAGACGAUCUUUGGCAACCACGUGCCGAGCAUUCAGUUUCCGGAAGCCAUGUUCCGGUCCGAGUACGGGUCGACGUACGCAACGGACCCGAGACUGCACUUGGCGUCAUGCGAGUCGUACUGCGACUACCAGUUGCUCGACAAUAUGACGACUCCCAGCGCACCGUAA